CCUUCAAACCCUCCAUCGUUGUUUAACCCUCAAAAAGCCACCUUCUUUCUCCACCCAAUGGCCGGAAGAGGCAAAACCCUAGGUUCCGGAGCCGCUAAGAAGGCGACUUCUCGAAGCAGCAAAGCCGGUCUUCAGUUUUCGGUCGGCCGUAUCACCCAGUUCUUGAAAGCCGGUAAAUACGCCGAACGUGUCGGUGCCGGAGCUCCGAUUUAUCUCGCUACCAUUCUUGAAUACAUCGCUGUUGAAGUGCUUGAAUUAGCGGGAAAUGCUGCUAGGGAUAACAAGAAGACUAGAAUUGUGUCGAGACAUAUUCAAUUGUUGGUGAGGAAUGAUGAGGAAUUGAGUAAGCUUCUUGGGGAUUUUACGAUUGCUAAUGCUGGUGUUAUGUCGAAUAUUCAUAACCUGGGUCUUCUUGGGGAUGUUACGAUUGCUAAUGCUGGUGUUAUGCCGAUUGUUGUGUUCACAUUGGUUCUCGCAAUAAAGGUGGGUUAG